AAACGCCUGUAAGCGAGAUCCGAUUGUAUAUUACCUUACAUUGUUUUGCUAUGGUCUCCUCAUUCCUAAUGCACCAAAAUUCAACAGUAACAAGAUGAGUUGUGCGGGAUUCCUCCUGAUUUUAGCACUAAUGAUGGUGGGCGUGGCAUAUUUCCUGUACACACCCUUUCCAGAUGACGCUGUUGACUCGAGUGUACAAAUGAAACAUUCUAUUGAAUCCGGAGCAAAAUUAAUGAUGUGCGAUUUUCAAGAGUACAUCGGGUAUUCAACAUUUCAAAGGUGUGCAAGGGGAUCACACAAUCCGGAAACUGUCCACACUUCCCAAGAACUAUCCGAUAGCGAUGUCAAGGUGACGGAAGAUAUUUUUGAUGGUGUCAAAGUGAGGCUGUUUGUACCACGUGACAGCGGAGUGAAACCUCUGCGAGCAGUGGUGUUUUACCAUGGUGGUGGCUGGGUGCUAGGAUCUGUAGAACAGUAUGAUGCCUUCACCAGGACCUUGGCAACGUCACUUCCGGCUGUUGUUGUUUCGGUCGAAUACAGAUUAGCCCCAGAAUAUACAUUUCCUAUACCAUUCCAAGACUGUCUGACAGCGACCAAAUACUUCAUGAAAAACGCCAAGAUGUACGGGGUAGAUGCCACCCGGAUAGCGUUGUCAGGGGACAGUGCAGGAGGAAACUUGGCGAUGGCUGUCGGAAUCAAACUAACUCAGGAACGGCAACCCCCUCGACUCCUCGGACUGAUUUACCCGGCUCUGCAGAUGAUGGACUUCAAAACACCUUCGUAUAAUACAUAUAGAUCAUUUCCGUUUAUAUUAAAGUCGGAUAGAAUGAUUAGAUUUUACUUACGGUAUAUUUUUGGAAAUGAAAGUAACGUGGACCAGUUCUUGGAAAAUCAACAUAUAACUGCGGAAAUGCGGAAUGGUGUCACAUCUGAAGUAAAUGUAGAACUUUUGCCGGGAAAAUAUCACAAGUUACAGACCCGACCAGAAGAUCUAAAACCUGCUGAUAAAAGUUUGGCGGAAAAGGUUGGCAAAUUCUUUAAUAAUGUCUACCUGUGUCCUUUAAUGCUGGACGAUGAAAUGUUGUCACAGUUACCGAAAACGUACCUGUUGACCUGCGAAUAUGAUCCACUGAGGGACGACGGCUUGAUGUUAGCCAAGCGUUGGAAAAACCUGGGGUUUCCGGUAAAACACGUGCACUGGGAAGGAGUUCAGCACGGAUUUUUCACCAUAACCGAAAUAAACAGAGCAAAUGAAGCUAUGGCAGAUUAUACUGAUUAUCUCAGAAAAGAACUUUAGAAUAUUGAAACACAAUCAGAACUCACGGUGGAUAUGUUAUUUCAAUAUCUAUAUAAAUAAUCCACUUCAAUACUGAUUGUUUCAGUAAAGGAAGCCGUUUGAUGUACAAAAUCGCCAUUUAAUUUUUGUUUGUUAUGUUAAAAAUGUGCAUGACUUAAUGUCAUUGAUUUAAUUCUAGAAACCCCCACCCUACCCCUCUAUCCUAUUUUGUAAUUUUGAAUGUUGCAAAUUCUGGAUAUUUUACCUUUUAUGAGAGUAUGAAAGGGAAAACGUUUAACAAGGCCGUGUCACGAGAGUAAUUGUUAAACCUAGUGUACGCGGACAAUCCUUACUUAAGGAAGGAUGAUAAUCACCGGCAUUUUGUAGGAGUAAAGACAACUGCUGACUUUGUCUGAGACAAGAAUACAACUAUUUUUGUCAUUAGAAAUCAUGUUUUCAAAAAACCUCAUAUUACCAAAGAUGAAAUCCUAGCUUAUCAUGCUUCAGUAAACAUGAACUUCAUUCAAGUAACGAAUCGAUGUUAUAGGAUCCCUUGACUCUAACCGAGUUCCUAUAAAAAUCAGUUUAUCAGUCUUGAACACUGGCUCCUGAAAGAAACGUCUUUUCCGUAAAUAAAUUUGAUUUUUUACCUCUCUGUACAGUAACAUAGCCCAGUCCAAACUCACAGUGUGCUUUCAUUCUCUGAUUUUGAAGUUUAAAAAGCUAGACCCACUCCGUUAUAGAUAUUUUUUUCAUAUUUCAUAUUAUUAUUAUAGCCCCGUGUGUGGAAGUGGAUGAUAUUAUAUAGCAUGUGUGUAUGUAUUACUGUGAAAUUUGUACACAUCCUCUGGAGAUAAAGUCCUGCUCUCU